AUGGCAGGCGGCCACAAAUUUCCAGUGGAUCUCAAGCAGUUCAAGCAGCUCAAGCUUGACUCCAAGAAUACCACCCUCACAGCAGAGCAGAAGAAAGAUCUUCUGCACAACAUCAACAUCUUCCGCGAUGCCAUCAUUGCCUUCACUGCCACCGGUGCCGCUCGUGGCGUAUCCGGCCACACCGGUGGACCAUUCGACACUGCUCCCGAAGUCUGCGUCCUGCUGGCGUUUAUGAAUGCCAAUCCCAACGGCUUCGUGGAUGCCUUGUUCGACGAAGCAGGCCACCGAGUUGCAACUCAGUACCUGCUCGCUGCGAUGGAUGGCAAGAUCGACCCCGAGCACCUCUUGAACUACCGUGAUGCCAACUCCAAGCUUCCCGGUCACCCCGAGCUUGGCCUGACCCCCGGGGUUAAGUUCAGCUCCGGACGUCUUGGUCACAUGUGGGGAAUGGUCAACGGUAUCUCCAUGGCCAAUAAGGACAAGAAUGUCGUUAUGCUGGGCUCCGACGGCUCCCAGCAGGAAGGAAAUGAUGCCGAGGCCGCGCGUAUCGCCGUGGCCCGGAACCUUAAUGUCAAGCUGUUCAUUGAUAACAACGACGUCACAAUUGCUGGCCACCCCUCUGAAUAUUUGAAGGGUUAUGACAUCGCUCGCACUCUGGAGGGACACGGCCUUCAUGUCGUUCGCGCCGAGGGCGAGAACAUCGAUUCCUUGUAUGGAGCGAUGGCCGAAGUCAUCAACCACAAGGGCCCCGCAGCCGUCAUUGUGAACCGACUUAUGGCUGCUGGUAUUGAGGGCAUCGAGGGCGAGACUCAUGCCCACGACGUUAUUACUGUCGAUGUCGCUCGCAGGUACCUCACCAAGCGGGGAUACAGCAAAGAGCAGCUUGCUUUCUAUGACGAGAUCAAGGGCCGUUCCAACCCUCACAAGUACAAGGGCUCCUCAACAGACAAGGGGGCCAACCGUUCCAUUUUCGGCGAGGCCGUCAACUCUGUCCUCGACAGCUUGAGCAAGGAAGAAGCUGCCCGUCGUGUGAUGGUGAUUGACUCCGAUCUUGCCGGCUCGACCGGUCUGAAGGCCAUCCAGUCCAAGCACCCCGAAGUCUUCAUUCCUUCCGGUGUCAUGGAACGUGGUAACUUCUCUGCCGCCGCUGGCUUUGGCUUUGGCAGCAAUGGCGAGCGCCAGGGUGUCUUCUCCACCUUCUCCGCAUUCCUGGAGAUGUGCAUUUCCGAAAUCACCAUGGCUCGUCUGAACAACUGCACCGUCCUCUCCCACUUCUCGCACAGCGGUGUUGACGAGAUGGCCGACAACACAUGCCACUUCGGUCUGAACCACUUCUUCGCCGACAACGGCCUGAUGGAUGCCGAGAGCACCUCCCUCUACUUCCCGGCCGACGGCGAGCAGAUGAAGGCCGUCGUGAACAAGGUAUUCUGGGAGACGGGCAUGCGUUUCAUCUUCUCCACCCGCUCCAAGGUUCCUUACAUUCUGAAGGAAGGAACCGAUGAGAAGCUAUUCGGUGGUGACUACAAAUUCGUUCCCGGCAAGGAGGAGUUUAUCCGCAAGGGCUCUGAUGGCUACAUCGUAUCCUAUGGUGACAUGCUGUACCGGUCGCUCGACGCCGUUGAGUGCCUGCGCAAGGACGGUCUUGACGUCGGCCUGGUCAACAAGCCUACCCUCAACAUUGUCGAUGAGGAUGCUAUCCGCACAUACGGCUCUAGUCCCUUCGUUCUCGUUGUGGAGUCUAUCGCUCAGAAGACUGGCCUUGGAUCUCGACUAGGUACCCACCUGCUGGAGCGCAAGUUCACCCCCAAGUUCAAGGCCAUGGGCGCUGUGAAGGAGGGCUGCGGUGGUUUGUUCGAGCAGGUCAACGCCCAGGGCCUCAGCCCCGACGACAUCAUCGCGGCCGUGAAGCAGGUUGCUGGAAAAUAG